AUGGGUUCCAUUGAUGAAGAAGAAAGCUCACUCCUUGAAGUUGAACAAUCACUUUUACAGGAAGUGAAACUGUAUACUGAAGAUGGCUCAGUAGACAUUAAUGGAAACCCACCAUUGAAGGAGAAAACAGGAAACUGGAAAGCUUGUCCAUUCAUUUUUGCAAACGAAUGCUGUGAACGUUUGGCUUAUUAUGGCAUUGCCAAGAAUCUAAUCACUUAUUUCACUAAUGAAUUGCACGAGACCAAUGUUUCCGCGGCUAGACAUGUCAUGACAUGGCAAGGGACUUGUUAUAUCACUCCUCUUAUUGGAGCUUUAAUAGCUGAUUCUUACUGGGGAAGAUAUUGGACUAUUGCUUGUUUCUCCGGGGUUUAUUUCAUCGGAAUGGUUGCAUUGACACUCUCAGCUUCAGUUCCGGGUUUAAAGCCAGCGGAAUGCAUUGGCUCUUUAUGUCCACCAACAACAACGGUUCAACAAGCGGUUUUAUUUUCCGGACUUUACCUUAUCGCCAUUGGGACUGGAGGCAUCAAACCAUGUGUUUCAUCUUUUGGUGCUGAUCAGUUUGAUCAGACCGAUCCAAGAGAACGAGUUAGAAAAUCUUCUUUCUUUAACUGGUUUUACUUCUCCAUUAACGUUGGUGCAUUUGUUUCAUCUGCUCUUCUAGUGUGGGUUCAAGAGAAUUGUGGUUGGGAAUUAGGAUUCAUGAUACCAACCGUGUUCAUGGGAGUCGCUACUGUGAGUUUCUUCUUUGGUACUCCGCUUUAUCGGUUUCAGAAACCGAGAGGUAGUCCCAUUACUAGAGUUUGCCAAGUUCUUGUAGCCGCGUACCGUAAAAUGAACCUCAAGAUCCCUGAAGAAAACCGGACAUUUUUGUUUCUUGACAAAGCCGCGAUUAUCUCGAAAGAAGAAGAAGCGAAUUCCGAAUCUUUUCACGAUCCGUGGAAGCUUUGUACUAUGACUCAAGUCGAAGAAGUUAAGAUUCUGCUACGUUUGUUUCCCAUUUGGGCCUCAGGGAUCAUAUUCUCAGUCCUACAUUCACAGAUUUACACUCUGUUUGUUCAACAAGGACGGUCCAUGAAACGAACAAUCGGCUCAUUCGAAAUCCCUCCCGCUACUCUCGGGAUGUUCGACACAGCAAGUGUCCUCAUAUCCGUCCCAAUCUAUGACCGUCUCAUCGUUCCUUUAGCAAGACGGUUCACAGGCUUACUAAAAGGAUUCACUGAUCUACAAAGAAUGGGGAUUGGACUAUUCAUCUCUGUCUUAAGCUUAACAGUUGCAGCUAUAGUUGAGAUGGUUCGUUUACGGUUAGCUCGAGAUCUUGAUCUUGUAGAAAGUGGAGACACUGUCCCAUUGACAAUCUUCUUACAAAUCCCUCAGUACUUCCUUAUGGGAACUGCUGGUGUUUUCUUCUUCGUUGGUCGGAUCGAGUUUUUCUAUGAACAAUCACCAGAUUCAAUGAGAAGUUUGUGUAAUGCUUGGGCUCUUCUCACUACAACACUUGGAAACUACUUGAGCUCGAUGAUCAUUACGCUUGUCGCGUGUUUGAGUGGCAAAGAUAAUGAUGAUGAUGGUUGGAUUCCUUCAGAUAACCUUAACAAUGGUCAUCUUGAUUACUUCUUCUGGCUUUUGGUUUGUCUUGGUUGUGUUAACUUACCAGUCUUUGUCUUCUUCUCUGUGAAAUACACUCACAAGAAAGUUUAA